CAUGGCUGCGCCAGUGAGUAGGGAGAGCGGCUGGUUUGUGGCUCUAUCUCUCGGGGUUUCCUUCAUCAAAUGUCUCCUCAUAAAUGCUUACCAUUCCACAGAUUUUGAAGUCCACCGGAACUGGCUCGCUGUCACUCACUCUCUGCCGGUGUCCCAGUGGUAUUACGAGGCAACAUCUGAGUGGACACUGGACUAUCCUCCCCUGUUUGCUUGGUUUGAGUAUGGACUGUCACAUGUUGCCAGAUACUUUGAUAAGGAGAUGCUGGUGGUGCAGAAUUUGAAUUAUGCGAGCUCCGCCACCGUGUUGUUCCAGAGACUGUCCGUCAUUGUCACUGAUGUGGUCUUCAUUUAUGCAGUUAAAGAAUGUUGCAAAUGUUUGCGAGAAGAGAAGGGGAAGGAUCAGCUGGGAAAGCCGUCUUUCAUCCUGGCUGCACUGCUGUUAUGGAAUUUUGGCCUUCUCAUCAUUGACCACAUUCAUUUCCAGUAUAAUGGAUUCCUCUUUGGUGUACUGCUUCUGUCAGUUGCACGACAUUUUCAGGGUAGACACUUGGAAGGGGCCCUAUUGUUUUCCAUCCUCUUAAAUCUGAAGCAUAUAUAUCUGUAUAUUGCACCUGCCUAUGGCAUCUUCCUGCUCAGAUGUUUCUGCUUCACUCAAAAUAAUGCAGAUGGUUCAUUGCAAUGGAAGAGUUUUAGCCUUUUCCGGUUAGUAGCACUUGGAUCGAUAGUCUUGUCCACCUUUGCAGCAUCAUUUGGACCCUUCAUUAUAAUGGGACAACUUUCACAAGUCGUGUCCAGGCUCUUCCCUUUCAAACGAGGACUAUGUCAUGCCUACUGGGCACCCAAUAUUUGGGCUCUUUACAACAUAGCAGACAAAGCUCUUUCCAUCUUAGGUAUAAAACUUAAGCUGCUUGACAUUAACAAACUUCCCAAAGCCUCGAUGACUGGGGGUUUGGUUCAAGAAUUCCAGCACUCUGUUCUUCCAUCUGUGUCUCCUUUAAUGACACUUAUUUUUACAUUACUCUCAAUCCUGCCUGUCUUGCUCAGUAUGUGGAGGAGACCGAAUGGAGCCAGAGGUUUCCUGCGCUCCAUGGUUAUCUGUGCACUUGGAUCUUUCAUGUUUGGCUGGCAUGUGCACGAGAAAGCUAUUCUGAUGGCAAUACUCCCUUUAAGUUUUCUUGCCGUUGAGAGUAAGGAGGAUGCUAGGACAUUUCUGAUUCUCAGCACAACAGGCCAUUUUUCUCUCUUUCCACUGCUCUUCACAGCCCAGGAGCUGCCCAUCAAAAUCCUUCUCAUGCUGCUGUUUACAAUCUUCAGUUUUGUGUCUCUGAAGAAGCUUUUCAGUAAACAUGGCCAGCUUGUGAACUCUCUGGAAGCUGCUUAUCUUCUGGGCCUGGUUCCUCUGGAGCUCAUCUGUGAGUUUAUUUACCCGCUGACUUCCUGGCAGCACAAGCUGCCUUUCAUCCCCCUGCUCCUCACCUCCGUCUACUGCGCACUAGGUGUGCUCUACUCCUUUAUCAGACUCUACCUUUCAGUGCUGACUGCUGCAGACUCCAGAAGCAAAGCUAAAGCUCAAUAAGUCGUGGAGGUUGGAGGUAAUGUGGAAGGACGAUUAAAUGAUGAGUAUAAAUUUGUGACCAAAAAGGGUACUUCAGGGCUUGCAUUAUAGAGGAGGUUGCUUUCAGGGAAUGGGUAUGAGUAAUUGCUAACAUUUUAUGGGGUUGCAGAGUUUUUUUUCUACUGUGUGUAGUUUUUUAAUUAAAGACUUUCUUUUUUUAAACCA